AUGGCAUCCUCAUCUUCUGAAUCGUGGAAUCAUGAUGUUUUUCUCAGUUUUAGAGGAACGGACACUCGCACCACCUUCGUGGAUCAUCUCUAUUCUGUAUUUGUACAAGAAGGAAUCUACGCCUACAAGGAUGACCAAACACUUUCCCGGGGCGAAACCAUCGGACCAUCACUUUUGAAGGCUAUUGAAGAAUCACAGAUUGCUGUCAUUGUAUUCUCCGAAAACUAUGCUGAUUCUUCUUGGUGCUUGCAAGAACUUGCUCAUAUUAUGAAAUGCAAGGAUGAGAUGGGCCUGAUUGUUAUGCCCAUAUUCUAUCACAUCGAUCCCUCUGAAGUCCGAAAACGUGAGGGGAAAUAUGGAGAAGCACUAGCAAAACAUGAGUUGGAGAACAAAAACGUUGAAUCUUGGAGAAAAGCACUUGUGGAUGCAGGGAACCUAUCUGGAUACGUCGCCGAUGGGCCCGAGACGAUAUUCAUCAAACAAGUUGUUGACGCCAUUUCAAUUAGAUUGGCUGCGGCAAUUUCAAUUGACAAUGAAGACUUGAUUGGAAUGAAGGCUCGCCUUCAAAAUCUGAAAUCUAAGAUGGAAAUGGAAUCAGAUGGUGUACUGAUGGUAGGCAUAUGGGGGCUUGGGGGUGGUGGCAAGACUACUCUUGCAUCUGCUCUUUAUGAUGAAAUCUCUAGCAACUUUGAUGGUUCCUGCUUUCUAAACGAUGUUCGGGAAGAAUCUAGAAAACAUGGUUUGCCAAAAUUGCAAAAAAAAAUUCUCUCACUUGUUUUGAAACUAAAAACAGAGGAAGUAGUUGGAGAUGUAGGAAGCUUGAUAAAGAGUAGGUUCCGCCGUAAAAAGGUGUUGAUGGUUCUUGAUGAUGUGGAUCAUGCUGACCAGCUAAAGGAGUUGGCUGGAUCAGAUGCUUGGUUUGGUAAAGGAAGCCGAAUAAUAGUCACAACAAGAGAUAAUCAUUUGUUAAAUGCUCGCAAAGUAAACGUGAUAUUCAAUAUCAGCUUGUUAAAUGAUGAUGAGGCUAUUAAGCUCUAUUACAAGCAUGCACCUGGCAAUCAUAGACCCAUAGAAGAUUAUGAGAUGCUUUCAAAAGAUGUAGUCUCUUAUGCUGGUGGGCUCCCGUUAGCACUUAAAGUUCUAGGUUCUUUUCUAUGUGACAAAGACAUGAGUGAGUGCAUGAGUGCAUUGGCCAGACUAAAAGAGAUCCCGGAUAGUGAUAUUGUAGAAAAGCUAAAAAUUAGCUACGAUGGACUUAAACCCACGGAGAAAGAGUUGUUCCUAGAUAUUGCAUGUUUUUUUAGGGGAAAAAGGAAAGAUGAGACAAUGGAGAUACUUGAUGCUUGUGGUUUUCACCCUAUCAUAGGGGUAAAGGUGUUGACACAAAAGUCUCUCAUAACUGUGUCAAAAGAAGGAACGUUUGAUAUGCAUGAUCUGAUACAAGAAAUGGGACAUUACAUUGUUAGAGGAGAAAAUCCUAAAAAUCCUGAAUUACACAGCAGGGUUUGGCAUUACGGAGAUAUUGUAAAAAUAUGUGGUAUGGAUGCAAUGAAGGAAAAUGACAGGAUUAAAGCAUUACAAGCUCGGUUUUGGCGGAAAGAAGAGGUUCCUCCUAGUUUUCCUGAGGUUGUUGGUAACAUGAAGAAACUUCGGUGGUUUUAUUGGUAUGAAUAUACAGCAACUUCAUUGCCAAGAGAAUUUCAACCAAUGGAGCUUUGUUGUCUACAAUUGAGAUGGAGCUUGGUAGAGCAACUUUGGGAGGGUUAUAAGCAUCUACCAAAUUUGAAAGUGUUGGACCUCACUGGUUCCACAAAGCUAGUCAGGACACCGGAUUUUGAUGGACUUCCAUGUCUUGAAAGGUUGGUUCUCAACAGUUGUAGCAGUUUAAAAGAGAUACAUCCAUCAAUUGGAUAUCAUGAAAGGCUUAUUUUCUUGGCCAUGGAAUAUUGUACAAGCCUUGAACUGUUUCCACCCAUCUUCCGAAUGAAAAAGUUGGAGACUCUUAUACUCUCUCAUUGCUAUAAUCUUUGUAAGUUCCCAGAGUUCCAAACCAGCAUGGACAACUUGGUAGAGCUUAGUUUGAGAGGAAGUGGGAUAGAAAUUGUACCCUCAUCAAUUGGACAAUACUGUAACAACCUUGUUUCUCUUGAUUUGAGGCGGUGUAAAUAUCUACUGAGUAUUGAACACAACUUCCAUCUCUUAAAACAUCUGCAAUUGCUUUGUCUUGACAGUUGUGUUCAACUUAAGAACAUACCAACAGAAGGAGCAGUGAAUGAAUUUCUUCGCUUCCCAUGUUUUUUAAGAAGGUUGAGUCUUGGAGGGUGCAAUUUGGUAGAUGAAGACAUCUCUGUUUUUUGGGAGGAGUUAUCCAACCUACAAGUAUUAGACCUAAGCCGUAAUAAGUUUUCACGACUGCAUCCCAGCCUCUCGCAACUUCCUCGUCUUAAAUUCAUCGACCUUUCUGAUUGCUAUAACCUUGUGGAAUUACCGGAUCUCCCAUCAAGCAUAUCUAUUCUCAUUGCAAACGGGUGCACGUCACUUAAAAUUGGAGAUUUUCCAACAAACCAUCUUAAAUGGUUGUGGAAAGUAUCACUUUCAACAAGAAAUUGUAAUGGCGAGAGGAUAUUGGAAUCCAUGCUUCAGGGAAAUGCUAUUGAAGACUACUUUAUUAGUAUCCUAAUUGAAAAUUGUUAUGUUCCAAUAAGAGGCUUUGCACGGGAAACAUUUACGUUACAACUUCCGUGGAAUUGGUACAGCGAAUUCUGUGGAUUCUUAAUAUCCAUUAAGAGUUUGAAUGGGAACAUGGAAGAAGUCAUUGUUAUCAAGGAUGUAUUGGUUGAACUUGUUCCCGGGAGAAAUCAAGGUGAUGAUUCAAUAUUGAAAGAUGCAACAUACCUUUCAAAUUUUUGGGACGAGGAAUUUCUAAAUAAAAAGACGUUUGAGAUCGUAAGUGAUUCAAAGUCCUCUAUUCAGAUUCAAUGGGACACUGGUAUUCGAUUAGACAUGGUCGGUAAUAUCUAA